GUAGAGAAAUUAUGGUGUUCGGAAACUACAACGCAUGGAGAAGCCACCCGGCUGUCAAUCCUAAGCUUUAUCACGCCUUCCCCGGUUUUAAGUGGGCUGUCGGAAUUUUUGCCGUUUACUGUACCGGCGAAUGGGUGUACAAACGCUUUAUUCACAAGCCAAAACAAAUUCGGGAUGGUCACUGAGUCUGACGCUCCUCCUUAAAAUGAAUUAUUCCCUGUGUAAUCAAUUUUGAUAUU